GCCAAAGCUGAGGUUCCGGAUCCGUAUGCCAUUGUGUUACCCGUACUGCCUCUGUUCAGGUCCGACUAAAUACGACUGUGCGCUUUCCGCUCAGGCUAGAUUACCCCGUCUCGCCUUCCCCUACGGUAUUCAAUUGGCCCGUAUCUGAAUACGCCACUAGGAAGGUGCAUUUUCGAGGCUUGCAGGACCAAGAAAGAGGAGGUCGUCACAAUGUUUUCAAUAUUGCUGCGGCCGCUGAGCGUCUGGCCGGACGUGGAAGGUGGCGGUAGUAAUGCUAGGCAGCGUCCAGGUCGUGAAAGAAGCGCCUGAGCGUGCCCCUCGCAUGCUGCUCUUCCCCGCGCAAAGGUUGUGUGAGGUUCGCUACCAUAUUGGAACCUCUGAGCUGAUGACUACAUCUUCAUCUUCUCUCCUUUGCUGGCAUCGUCAACUCGGUUCCCGAUUCGGUUUGAUCUCUUCUGCUUUCAAAUAGGAGCCCUGGUACAUUAUGUCUUCUACAAACGAUGGCGAAUACGGCACGCGUCAAACACAUCGAGGCUCGGGAAAUGGUCAGCAUGAUCCGACUGGCUCGGCGACCACUCCCAAAACUUCAACUCAUUCGGCUCCAUCAAUCUCCAUUCCUAAAGGCGGUGGAGCGAUUCGAGGCAUUGGAGAGAAAUUCGGUGCGAACCCUGUCACAGGCACCGGCAAACUGUCAGUGCCAAUCGCAACCAGCUCUGGUCGCUCUGGUUUCGGCCCGCAGCUAUCACUCUCAUACGACUCUGGCGAAGGCAACGGGCCCUUCGGAAUUGGUUGGAAUCUGUCGCUGCCCUCAAUCACCCGCAAAACAGAUCAAGGCCUUCCACGGUAUCAUGAUGCCGAAGAGAGCGAUGUGUUUAUUCUAGCCGGAUCCGAGGACCUUGUGCCACGGUACAAGCAAGAUAAGGAAGGCAAUUGUAUUCGCGAUGAGCUGGGCAGCCUUGUGUUUGAUGAAGUUGAUCGCGUUGGCUACACUGUUCGCCGCUACAGCCCACGCAUAGAGGGGAUGUUUGCCCGGAUUGAGCGAUGGACCCGUCGGAGCGACAGCGAUGUCCACUGGCGGUUGAUUACUCCAGAUAACGUUACAUCCCUCUACGGCAAGGAUGCUCGCUCCAGGAUCUCCUCUCCGACCGACCCUCUGAAUCGGGUCUUUUCCUGGUUGAUUUGUGAGAGCUAUGAUAGCAAAGGAAAUACAGUGGUAUACGAUUACAAGCAGGAAGAUUCGGUUGGUGUUCCACUGGCUGGCCCAAGUGAGCACAACCGCACAGAUCAAAGCCGCUCAUCAAAUCGCUACCCAAAGACAAUAAAGUAUGGUAAUCGCAAACCGAACCGCGACCAGGACAGCUGGAAGGUAACCGAUCCAACUUUGCUUCCGGAUGAUAGUUGGAUGUUCAAGGUAGUCUUCGAUUACGGCGAACAUGCCCUUGACAACCCAAAGCCAGAUCAUCAGAAUUCAUGGACUUGCCGGGCUGACCCUUUCUCCUCAUAUCGGGCGGGGUUUGAAGUUCGAACUUAUCGACUGUGCCGACGAAUUCUACUGUUCCACUGCUUUCCAGAGGAACUCGGGACCAAAGACUACCUUGUGCGUUCGACCGACUUCGCUUACAGCGAGGAUGCCAUCUCAUCGUUUAUCACCAGCGUCACUCAAUCGGGGUAUGUCCGUCACCACGAUGGGUACCUCAAAAAAUCGAUGCCUGCUUUGGAACUCGAAUACAGCAAGGCUCCGGAUCCUGAUCGACUUGCAAACCUGCCAGUUCAGUAUGUUGAUACGGAGAACCUGGAGAAUGUGCCGUACGGUGUGGAUAAUACCCUGUAUGAGUGGCUUGAUCUGGAUGGAGAAGGACUCUCUGGUAUUUUCACCGCACAGGCUGAGGGCUGGUUCUACAAGCGUAACCUGAGUGCCAAUAAUCUGGUCUGUGAAGAUGGCGAUGAGCGCGCAGCAGCCCGGUUUAGUCCGUCCGAACUCGUAACGGCGAAACCCGUAGUUGCAGAAGGCCAGAUACAGUUUAUAGAUUUGCAAGGUAAUGGCCAAAUCGACAUUGUCCAGAUGGAAGGGCCGGCGCGUGGUUUCUACGAACGAAUCAAUGACAUCGGUUGGUCUGCUUUUCGUCCCUUUGCCUCUUGGCCUAACGCGAAUCAUCGGGACCCCAACCUCAGAUUUGUCGACCUCAACGGCGAUGGUCACGCCGAUAUUCUGAUUACCGAAAACGAAGUGUUCACCUGGUAUCCGUCGCUAGCGGAAGAGGGCUUUGGCCCCGCGGAACGGGUUUUCCAGCCCUCAGAUGAAGAGAAAGGCGCGAGACUACUCUUUGUCGAUGGCACCCAGUCCAUAUAUCUUGCUGACUUUUCGGGUGACGGGUUGAUGGACCUGGCACAGAUCCGCAACGGUAAGGUAUGUUAUUGGCCGAACCUGGGCUACGGUCGCUUCGGUGCCAAAGUCACCAUGGAUCACUCCCCGUGGUUCACCAGCCCCGACAAGUUCAGCCAAGAACGAAUUCGUCUCGCGGAUAUCGAUGGUUCGGGCCCAACUGACAUCAUCUAUCUUCAGCAUGACAGUGUUGAUAUCUAUCGCAAUCAGGCAGGCAACGGUUGGGCCCCGCCUGAGCGGAUAACAGUCUUUCCCCACAUUGACAACUUGUCUUCGGUCACAGCUAUUGAUCUUCUAGGAAUUGGGACCGUGUGUCUUGUCUGGUCAUCACCUCUCCCGGCCGACGUCCGGCGCAUGUACUAUCUUGAUCUCAUGGAUGGACAAAAGCCGCACUUGCUGGUCAAGAUGGUUAACAAUCUGGGAGCAGAGACUCGAGUGAUAUACGCUCCCUCAACGCGGUUCUACCUGCAGGACAAACAGGAUGGUAAGCCCUGGAUUACGCCCUUGCCUUUCCCGGUGCAUUGCGUUGAACGCAUCGAAUUACAUGAUCGUAUCAGCCAGAACCUCUUCGUUACCCGAUACGCUUACCACCACGGUUAUUUUGACGGCGUCGAACGCGAAUUUCGUGGUUUCGGUAUGGUGGAACAGUGGGACACGGAAGAGUUCGCCGUCCUGAAUGGAAACUCUUCUUUCCCGAAUAGUCUCAACGUUGACGAAUCUUCGCACACCCCGCCUGUUUACACCAAAAGCUGGUUUCAUACCGGUGCCCAUGUUGGUACCGAUGCAAUCAGCAAGAAGAUGGCGCGGGAAUACUACGGUGCAGGGAGAUUGAAUGAUGAUCAAUUUGAAGAGUUUUUGAAGACAUUGCUCGACGAUACAGUGCUACCGCAUACAGUCCUCACGGCGGACGAGACGCGUGAAGCAUACCGAGCACUCAAGGGCUCGCUACUGCGGCAAGAGAUAUACGCUAAUGAUGGAGGUGAUGAUGCUUGUAUUCCAUACAGUGUCUCUGAAAUUAAUCACACCGUUGAAUCGGUCCAGCCACAGAAUGGCAACUCCUCCUCCAUCUUCUUCACCCACCCUCGUGAGAGCAUCAGUUACCACUAUGAGCGCAAUCCACAGGAUCCUCGAGUGCAGCAUCAGAUGACGCUAGAAGUGAAUCGCUAUGGGAAUGUGCUGAAGUCAGUUGCCAUCGGCUACGGACGACAGCAAGGCCGCAGCACUCUGGGAGAAGAAGACGACAGAGCGAGGCAGGAGCGGCUCAUCAUUACCUACACAGAGAACGACUUCACAAAUGCAGUGGACGAGGCGGAUGACUAUCAUACACCAGUAUCAUGCGAGGUGCGUACCUACCAAGUCACGGGCUUCACGGCUGGUUGCAAAGAUGAUCGCCUCAACCUGGCGACCUUUAACGCGGACAACUUUGGUCCGAUUCGCACAUUGGACGAGAUUCCAUACGAACAAGAUAGCAACCCAAUGCUCAGGCAGAAGCGGCUCAUCGAGCGCUCAAGGAUGCUCUAUCGCAGCAACGAUUUAACUCGUCUGCUACCCAUUGGCCAGCUUGAGUCGCUGGUACUGCCAGGUGAACGCUAUAUGCUUGCCCUUACACCAGGGCUCAUUUCCAAUGUAUUCCAACGCAAACACGGCCAUCAGCCCACCGAAAACCUGCUGCCCAAUCCGGCGAGCAUCCUUGGUGGUCAGGGAAAUAACCAGGCUGGCUACGUUGAUAUGGACAACGACAGCCACUGGUGGGUACCUGGAGGACGUAUGUUUCUGCAUCCGGAUGCCCAUUGCGAUUCUCAUCAGGAGUUGGUGGAAGCCAGGAGGCAUUUCUUCUCGCCUCGGCGCUUCACUGACGCUUUCAACCGCUGCUUCACAGUGGACUACGACGAACAUUUUCUGCUACCGGUCCGCACCACGGAUGCUUUGGGCAAUGUGGUCCAAUCCGCCAACGAUUAUCGCGUGUUGCAGCCAAAGCUCAUCACGGAUCCUAAUGGCAACCGCAAGGAAGCGGCAUAUGACGCGCUGGGAAUGCUCGUUGGCACGGCAGUCAUGGGCAAGGCUAGUGAGAAUCUGGGAGAUUCAUUGACUGCUUUCCGUGCCGAUUUAAGCCAGGCUGAGGUUAACCAAUUCUUCACCAAUCCCACAGGCUCGGCGGCAGCUGCACUUCUGGGCAGCGCUACGAUGCGCAUUAUCUACUAUGUGAAUCGUUUCUCGCUUGGAGCUGAUAGUGAGGAGCAACCGCAACCUUCAUUCACGGCGGCCCUUGUCCGUGAAACACACGCCAGCGACCUAUUGGAAUCGGACGAGCUCAAAAUCCAAGUUGCGUUCUCCUACUCCGAUGGCUACGGACGUGAAAUACAAAAGAAGGUCCAAGCCAAGGCAGAUCAUAGUGUCAAGGGAGGUGGUCAACGCUGGGUGGGAAGCGGAUGGACCAUCUUCAACAACAAGGGAAGCCCCAUAAAGCAGUACGAACCUUUUUUCGAUGACAGCCACGACUUUCGAUUCGAUAGGCGCGUUGGAUCCAGCUCAACUCUCCUCUACGAUCCAUUGCAGCGCUUGGUGGCAACUCUGCACCCAGAUCAUACCUGGGAGAAGAUGGUCUACGAUCCCUGGCACCAAAAGACGUACGAUGCCAACGACACGGUUUUACGGACAGACCCAAGGACUGACGUGGACGUGGGCCAUUGCUUCCAGCGGCUGCUGGAGACCGAUUACCUCCCGACAUGGUAUGAGGCACGCAAGAAUGGCCAAAGGGGCCCCCGCGAGGAGGCUGCCGCCAGCAAAGCUGCUUCUCAUGCGGAUACACCCACUGUUGCUCAUUUUGACACGCUGGGCCGCACGUUCUUGACCAUCGCGGAUAACGGAGCAGCGGGAUCGUAUACAACCCGCGUGCUUCUCGACAUCGAAGGCAACGAGCGCCAAGUUGUCGACGCCAAAGGUCGCGUUAUCGUGCAGUACGACUACGACAUGCUCGGAACCCGUAUCCGUCAGACGAGCAUGGAGGCAGGUGAGCGCUGGACAGUCGUCAAUGCAGUAGGCAACGCUCUUCUCGCCUGGAAUAGCCGACACCACCGGCUUCGACAUGUUUACGAUCCGCUGCACCGUCCCAAGGACUUGUACCUCCGGGAAGGGGAUGGGCCAGAGUUAUUGGUGGAACGUGUUGUCUAUGGAGAAACUCAACCUGAAGCGGAAAUCCACAACCAACGCCAGCAGGUGGUUCAAGUCUUCGAUCAGGCGGGCAUUGUUACCAAUAAUGACUACGAUUUCAAAGGGAACCUGUUACGCAGUCAACGACAGCUUGCCCAGAAUUAUACGACCACCCUGGAUUGGUCCACUCACGUGCCUCUGGAAGACCCGCUCUAUAUCGGCAGCACCACUUACGAUGCGCUCAGUCGUACAAAAGAAGUGACUGCUCCUGAGAAUAGUGUCAUACGCCAUAUAUACAACGAAGGCAAUCGCUUGGAGCAGGUUUGGGUGCAGCUGCGUGGCGAACAGAAGGACGGAGAGCCGAUUUGGACGCCGUUCGUCACAAGUAUCGACCAUGAUGCCAAAGGCCAGCGCACCCGGAUUGAAUAUGGCAACGGCACAAGCACCGCCUAUAGUUACGAUCCUCUCACCUUCCGCCUCAUCAAUAUUCGGACGUUACGCCGUUCAGACACAUUGCAGGACCUUCAAUACACCUACGACCCGGUCGGCAAUACCACUCAUAUCCACGACAACGCUCAGCAGACUAUCCUUUUCCGCAAUCAACGUGUGGAGCCAAGCACGGAUUUCACCUACGACGCCAUCUACCAACUGAUCGCGGCAACAGGUCGCGAGCACCUGGGACAAACCAAUGGAAAGCCCAACGCCCCUACGGCGUCCGGCGCGUUCGACUCCUUUCGCACUCGUCUCGAGAGCCCGGGCAACGGUGAUGCGAUGGGGACUUACAUCGAGAAAUAUACCUACGAUGCCGUGGGCAACAUUCUGGCCAUGAAGCAUCGCGGCAGCGACCCGUCCCAUCCGGGUUGGACGCGCACCUAUUGCCACAACGAAAGAAGCCAACUUGAAGCAGACAAAGUUAGCAACCGACUGACCUCCACCAGCGUCAAGGGGACUAUGGAAAUUUAUCGCUACGAUGGAACUGCGGGUAUGCACGGCAACAUGACGGCUAUGCCCCAUCUAUCUCUGAUGCAGUGGGACCACAAGGACCAGCUCCGGGCAACCGCCCGCCAAUCUGUCAAGGGCAAGGAUAACUGCGGCGUGCCAGAAACGACGUGGUAUGUGUACGACGCGAGCGGCCAGCGUGUGCGUAAGGUCACCGAACGGCAAGGCGCCGCCGGCCAAACGGCCACCCGCCUGAAGGAACGCAUCUACGUCGGGGGAUUUGAGGUUUAUCGCAAAUACGGCGGCGACGGAAGCACAAUCGCCCUGGAGCGCGAGACACUGCACAUCAUGGACGACAAGCAGCGCAUUGCCCUGGUGGAGACACGCACACAAGGCGAUGAACCCCGUGUACCGCAGCAGCUCACUCGGUACCAACUCUCCAACCACCUGGGCACGGCGGGCUUGGAGCUGGACGGCCAGGGCCAGAUUAUUUCGUAUGAAGAGUAUUAUCCGUUCGGCGGGACGUCGUAUCAGGCGGUGCGCAGCAAGACUGAGACUCCAAAGCGGUAUGGUUACACUGGCAAGGAGCGAGAUGAAGAGAAUGGACUGUAUUACCACGGCGCGCGGUACUACGCACCGUGGCUGGGAAGAUGGACGAGCUCCGAUCCUGUGUGGGAAACAACAAACUUGUACACCUACGUCCGGAACAAUCCCGUGCGUUAUCAUGACCCUGAUGGCAGAGCCGAUGAACCGGGCAUUUGGGAAACGAUUCGCGACUCCGGACCAUUUCAAUACAUGAGCGGCAUUGCCAUGGGAGCGGGAUCUUCGUUCAUUCCAGGCGGGUUUCUCAUUUCCCCAGUUGGACAGGGAACGGGGGUACUCAACAAGCCUUCUCGACUUUUCGAAGCGGGAUACGGUGCAGCCGAAAUGGUAGCCGGAGGAUUCCAAAUGAUCGUCGGAGGUGGUGGCGAAGUGCUGGGGUUCGGACUCGAUGCCACAGGUGCAGGCGCGGUGAUAGGCAUACCCAUCAACGUUGCGUCCGCUGGCGUGCUUGUCCAAGGCGCUGGGAAUUUCACCGCUGGCUUUGGGAACCUUAGCCACGCCAUCAUGCGGGACCCAGAUCCCCCGAAGCAAUCUACUACUACUACCUCCAAACCGUCCGAGCCCGCGAGCAACCCUGUGGAGAAACCUCCUCCGCGUGCUGAACCAGCCGAACCUCCGAGUAAACCAGCGCCAUCCAAACCACCGCAAAAGACACCGAAACCGCGCGGUUCACCAAAACCCCAGACCCCUACUGGGCCCCUUCGGACGCCCAACAUGAACUCAGAGGUCGCGACUCUCCUCGCGGAUGAACAACGCGGUCUCACCACAAUGGCCAACGAGAUCAAAAAGCUCGGGCAACUAAAGGGAGUAACCAUAGAAAUCGCUCUGGUGACUCUAAGGAAAACCUCAGCACUGGGCAAGAAAGGCCAGCAGAUCUUGGUCGCCGGUAUCAACUCCGGUUUCGAGGCGGGCUUCAAUGCAAAGCAGUUGGCGAAGCUGAAGGAAUGGGGGAUCAAUGUGGCUCCUCAAUAUGCGAAGGAGAUGAAGGCUCUGGGAGAGGGGGCGCCGCAUGCGGAGGCCAAUAUCGUGAGUUAUAUGAAGGAGAUUGGGGCGCGCGGUGUGAGGUGGAGUAAUGCGGUUGUCGGGAAGCCGAAGUGGUAUAGGGCUUCUGAUGUUUGUGAUGAUUGUCGAGCUAUUAUUGAGGGCGUUGGCGGAAGGAUUGAGGAACGUAUGCGAUAGGUGGC